AUGGCUCCAACCGUGGCCGAGUCCUGGCCGGAAGCUAUUCUCGGACAGCUUCAGCUGUGGUACGGACUCGUAUCGUUGGUGGUGUUUGUAUCGUCUAUCGCGUUGCACAGCGUAUGGGAUGUUCGCCGUGGCGCGGAACUCAUCCCACCAAUGGUAACCGGUCCCGGCGGGCGACCAUUGCCUGCGACACGCCGCAAGUCCCAGGACACGUCGAGCGUCGCAUUUACGCCCAAUCUGGAAAUCAGCAGGCAUAUUAGGCGACUAUACUGUUACGCCAGCUCCAGCGUCGGACUUUCUUUUUUAGCCAACUUUAUCAGCGUCAUCGCACACACUCUUGAGGAAUCAAGGAAUCUCGAUACCAAAUACAGCUGGUGGUGUGGUGAAGAGACUUCCCGGGUGGUCAACUUUCUUGUUCCAAACCAGAUCGGAAACAUCACUGAUGCGUUUGAAUCGAAGAACGGACUGCCUUGGCUAGAGAUUCUGACCCUGAUCUUCUACAAAGUCUUGCAAGGUCAGGGUGGCCUACUAGGGUCUGUAAGGUCUCUCAUCUGGAUCCCAGUCUCUCAGUACUCCUACCGUGCUCUCACAACUGCAGCUUUCGAGCAUGUUCAUUCGCUCUCGCUGGAUUUUCAUCUCGGCAAGCGUACGGGUGAAGUUCUAUCUGCACUAAACAAGGGUGCUGCCAUCAACUCCUUUUUGGAGCAGGUCACAUUUCAGGUUUUCCCGAUGCUGGUCGAUCUUCUCGUUGCCAUCGUCUACUUCCUUUUCCGAUUUGGCGCCAUAUAUGCUACCAUUGCUGCCGUCAUCACUGUCUAUUACCUACAUAUGACUGUCAAGAUGGCAUCGACCCGUGCAGAUUUGCGGCGAGAUAUGGUUAACGCUGACCGCGAAGAAGAAGCUGUGAAGAACGAUUCCAUAACCAGUUACGAAACAGUCAAAUAUUUCAACGCAGAGGCUUUUGAGUUCAACCGCUAUCGCAACGCUAUCAAGAGCUUCCAAGUCGCAGAAGCCAAGGUGACAUGGGGCAUGAACAACAUGAACAUUUGUCAGGCACUUGUUUUCAUGUGUGGCAUUCUGGUCAUGCUCAUGGUCGCAGCUGUCGAGGUCAACCAGGGAAUGCGAUCUGUGGGUGAUUUUGUCGUUAUGACCACCUAUUUGGGCCAGUUGCAAGGCCCGCUCAAUUUUUUUGGCUCGUUCUAUCGGACAGUCCAGCAAGCCAUGAUUUCUGGCGAGCGUCUUUUAGAACUCUUCAAGAUCCGGCCAACCGUGGUAGAUCGCCCAGGCGUCAAGACCCUGUCGCAGUGCCGCGGCCAUAUCCGAUGGACGAACGUCAAGUUCUGGUACGAUGCAAAACGCACUGCUCUUCGCGACCUCUCUUUUGACUGCUGGCCUGGGACUACGACGGCUUUUGUUGGCGAGUCGGGAGGUGGCAAGUCGACAAUUUUCCGGCUCAUGUUUCGCUACUAUAAUUGCCAAGGAGGCUACAUCGAAAUUGACGGCAACAACGUUGAAGAUGUCACGAUCGACUCGGUGAGACGUCACAUCGGUGUUGUGCCACAGGACACAAUUUUGUUCAAUGAGACGAUCAUGUAUAACCUCAAGUACGCCAAUCCCAGCGCAUCAAAUGAAGAAGUUUUCGACGCCUGCAGGGCUGCAAGCAUUCACGACCGGAUCCUAUCAUUUCCCUACGGCUAUAAUACAAGAGUCGGAGACCGUGGCACCCGGCUGAGUGGCGGUGAGAAGCAACGCGUGGCAAUUGCUCGCACCAUUCUCAAGAACCCCAAGAUCAUCAUGCUGGACGAAGCCACCUCCGCUCUUGACAGUGAGACCGAGCAGCAGAUCCAGGCGAAAUUGAUCCGUGGCGGUAGCCUGGGCCAAGAUCGUACUCUCCUGAUCAUUGCUCACCGGUUGUCAACCAUUACACACGCGGACCAAAUUAUCGUGCUCCAUGCCGGGGGCAUUGUCGAGAGGGGCACACACAAUGAGCUGCUGGAGCUGAGAGGCCGGUACGCGUCUAUGUGGGAGAAGCAGUCUCAGGCGGAGCAGGCUGCAGUUGCGGCUCGCGACGCAACGGUACGGGCGAAUCAGCUUCUGCGCCAGGCACACAUCAGUAACAGCCCUAUACAACGUCGCGGUGGUGAUGAAAAUUCGGAUGGCUAUACUAGUCUGUCAUCAUCAACCGUCCUUGCGACUGGGACGACGACACCGAGACAAGGAAGCAUCGCACGGUCCCCAGAUUCCUCAGAUGACGACCAACGCCCUCCAGCACAUUGA